AUGACCGACACUCCCAAACUUGACAAGGUCAACGAGGUCAUCCCAGAGGAAGAGACCAAGGAUGCCACUCCAGCCGAAAGAGAAAAGUCCGAGAGCACUCCUCAAGAACCUACAGCGGUCUCCCCACCUGAGUCCACCAUUGAAGAUGGCAGAAAGACCCCUUCCGAUCUAAGUGGUCGCAAGACCCCAGUGGACAACAUGGACGGAAGGAAGACUCCCUCCUCUGACCUAGACGGCCGCAAAACCCCUUCCGACCUUGGAGGUCGCGCAACCCCGUCCGAACUCGAGGGCCGACGCACACCAUCAACGCCCAUCACCCCGCGCCAGGACCUCUCGCACAUCGCCUCUCAGGACUCCAUCCGCCGCAAACCCGUCCCGGCGCCGAGCUACGACACCUUGAGGGACCUGGCUGCCAUGGACGGAACGAGGGUGUCGACGCCGAGGAAUCCCCUGGAGAAGACCACUUACACCAUCUUGCCGGAGCAGCUGGCUGAAAAGGCUCCCUCGACUCCGGAUGCUACGCCGAGGACGCGCAUUACGCUCCCUAGUCGGGAGAAGCCCAGGGGGUUUAAGCUGGAUGUUAAGGCUUUGGCCACGGUUGACUUGAAGAGAUUAGCGGAAGCCUGGUGCGUGGAGGUCGCUUGGUGGGGAGUUGCGCUACUUUGCUUCAUCAUCAUCGCUGCUGUCCUCGGAGCUUACAACAACCACCCGCUAACCACUCUCCCCCUCAACCUCAACGCCUUCCUCGCCUUCUUCACCACAAUCGCCACCGCCUCCUUCUUAAUCCCUGUCUCCGAGUCUCUCUCCCAGUGGAAGUGGAACUACUUCCGCGCCGAGGACCGCUCCCUUUCCGACUUCCAGCUCUUCGACUCAGCGACCCGCUCUCCAUCUGGCGGCGCCGUCCUGCUCGCCAAGCUAAAGCACACGCACAUCGCCAGCGCCGGUGCGGCAAUUGGCCUUCUCUCCUUGCUCACGGCUGCAGUGACCCAGGCUUCGAUCGGGUACCGAUCUAGUUUCGUCCCUCUCGGAACCGACGGGGGCGCUGCCGUCAUCAAGGCUGCUAGGAUUCUCGGUUCCGAGCAGGAGGGCGGAUUCGGCGAGGGUAUCCCGGACUCUCUAACACUCGACGUGGCACCUUUCAGGUUACCGAUAACGUGCUCGACUUCGGAGUGCGAUUUCCCUUCUUUUGAGAGUCUGGCAGUUUGUGCCAAGGUCAACGAUGUUACAUCUCGUCUUGGAAAGCCGCUUGCCAAGGGAAACAGCACUUCGAGUAAUGGGGAGAAGAAGAAGGCAUAUAGCACGUCACUACCAGAUGCAGCGAACUGCGUUAUUGAGGCGGACGGACAGUUUAAUGUCCUUGCUUGCAAGACGAACGGGUCGACGACUCUAUCUUUCGAUGGUGAUGACGACCUGAAGAAAACGGCCAUUUACUCAAUGCCCAUAAUUUAUUCGAACGCCGAGGGCUCGGAAACUUCGCUAAAUGUCAAGUUCGAAGCUGUCGAAGUUCUCUUCCAUCUAUGCCUUAACAGCUACGAAACUAAGGUAUCUGGCGGCCGCGCAGAUGUCAAAGUGACUGGAUCUUCAUACUCGUUGGGCUCAGAGUCCGCAGACAGAGAGGUGGCUGUCAACUGUUCCAUGGUUAGGGAAGACGAUGAUGCUACACGGGGUAACAACUGCACGGUUUCAAAGAGCGUUCCCUCCGAUGCCUUUAUGGAGCUUCGGGGUCCGAGGGGCGAUGAGGACGUGUUCAAGGCGCAUUUUGCGACGCUUGAAGAUAUGGCGCUAACUAUGAACGAAGCCAUCAGCGGUCUCUAUGUCCGCAAGGUCGGGGAGGAUGGGAAGAAGGAAACCAAUAAUGUUGGAUCACAUAUCCAACACAUUGCGGAGUCUAUAAUCUUCAACGGUGAUCGAGACAAGCAAAAAGAAAGACUAACAAGAAUGGCUGAUAACAUCGCCGUCAGCCUCACCAACGCUAUUGCCGCAAAACAAUUCGCCGCCUCACCUCCAACCGCCAACCCAAUAACCGGCACCGCCCUCCUCCCCGAAACCCGCAUCACUAUCCGCUGGGGCGCCCUCACCCUCCUCAUCCUCCAACUCAUAGGCGCCCUCUUCUUCCUAAUCUACACGGCUGUGGCGACGCAGCUAGCCGGGUGCGAGGUGUUCAAGAGUUCGGCUCUCGCGGCGCUGUUCGCCCUCGAGGAGGACUGUAGAGGCGUCGCCGGGGGUCUUGAGUCGGUGGCAGGGAUGAGGAGGAAGGCGAGGGUUAUGCUUGUUCGGUUGAGGGAUGAGGCUAUUGUUUUGGCGGGGGAGGAGACUGGGGGUUCUGGCGUUGCGGUUAAUGGUAAUGGCAGGUCGAAGUCUAAAGAGGAGAUCUAA